CCCAAAGUCGUCUUUCUCUUUUUCAUACAAAUAUGUUGUGUCUUAAUCGCUAAUUCAGAAGAAUCUAGAGAGUUUUCCUAGAGAGUUUUCUCUAUUCUUCAUUAAUUAAUUUUAUUUGCCCCUAUAUAAGCAGGUCCAAGUAUGUGCUACUUGGUAUCUAAGUCUUAAUAUUUUGUUGCAUAGACUACAUAACUUUGUUAGUAUCACGAAAAAGAGAAACAAAGAGGCUGAUUAGGGAAAUGGCUGGGGACGAUUCUCAUGAUCUGAUGAAGCUACUUGGUUCUUCUGAUCGUGACUUUCUCAUUCGCAACAACGGUGACCAGGUUAAGCUUGAUGCAUUGAAGGAGAAACAAGUUGGUUUGUAUUUUUCGGCAUCAUGGUGUGGUCCAUGCCAACAUUUCACCCCGAAUUUGGUAGAGGCGUACAAUGAGCUCCUACCAAAAGGAGACUUUGAAGUUGUUUUCCUUACUGCUGACGAGGAUGAUGAAUCAUUUAAGGAGUACUUCUCUAAAAUGCCGUGGCUUGCUGUCCCAUUCUCUGAUUCUGAAACACGUAAACGUCUGGAUGAAUUGUUUGCUGUUAAGGGAAUACCCCACUUAGUGAUCCUUGAUGACAGUGGAAAGGUAGUGACAGAUAACGGGGUUGAGAUCAUCCUUGAGCAUGGGGUGGAAGGUUACCCUUUUACUCAAGAACGGCUAAAUGAACUUAAAGAGCAAGAAGAAACAGCUAAAAGAGAACAAUCUUUGAAAUCUAUCUUGGAGUCACAGUCAAGAAACUAUGUAGUUGCAGCUGAUGGGAGGAAGGUACCUGUUGCUGAGCUUGAAGGCAAGAUUGUAGGCCUGUAUUUCUCAAUGACCUCUUUCGAAGAAUGUGAAUUAUUUACUCGGAAGCUGAUCAAUAUGUAUGACAAAUUGAAGGCGCAGGGGGAAAACUUUGAGGUUGUGAUGAUUCCCCUUGAUGGUGAAGAUGAUGAUGAAUCUUUUAAGAAAGAGUUUGCAAGCAUGCCUUGGUAUUCACUUCCCUUAAAAGACAGGACCUGUGAGAAGCUCGCCCGGUACUUUGAGCUCUCUACCCUUCCUACCUUAGUCAUCAUUGGAACAGAUGGGAAGACACUUCAUUCUAAUGUUGCUGAAGCCAUCGAGGAGCAUGGCAUCCUGGCAUUUCCUUUUACCCCCGAGAAGUUUGCUGAACUUGAGCAGAUAGAGAAAGCUAAGCGAGAAGCACAAACACUGGAGUCAAUUUUGGUCACUGGAGAUCAUGAUUUCGUCAUUGGAAAAGACGGUGAAAAGAUUCUGGUGUCUGAUCUUGUAGGGAAGAAUAUUCUCCUUUACUUCUCAGCACACUGGUGUCCGCCAUGCCGUGCUUUUACCCCAAAGCUUAAAGAAGCAUAUGAAAAGAUUAAAGCCAAAAGUGGUCCGUUGGAAGUGAUUUUCAUAUCUAGUGAUCAAGAUCAAGCUUCGUUUGAUGACUAUUUUGCUACAAUGCCAUGGCUGGCUCUUCCCUUUGGUGAUGAAAGGAAGGCAUCCUUGAGUCGCCUAUUCAAAGUUCAAGGCAUACCAACGUUGGUUGCUAUAGGGCCAUCGGGUAAGACUAUUACAACUGGAGCCAGAAACAUGAUCAUGCAUCAUGGUGCUGAGGCAUUUCCAUUCACCGAGGAGCGUAUGAAGGAGAUUGAGGCAGAAAUUGCAGACAAAAAAGAAAACAACUUGGAUCCUGAGGAAGAUCAAAAGGAGCAAGGCGAAGAUGAAAAGAAACCAAAUGAAGGAUGGGUUUGUGAUGGUGAAGUUUGUUCCAAAAGGCUGACAGAUCCAGAAACAACAUCUUUAGGCUCUGGAAUUAUAUUGAGUUCUCUUCAACAAUCUUUGAAAUCUAUCUUGGAGUUGCAAUCAGUAAACGUUUUAAUUGCAGCUGAUGAAAGGGAGAUGGUAGGCCUGUAUUUCUCAAUGACCUCAUUCGAAGAAUGUGAAUCGUAUACUCAGAAGCUGAUUGAGAUCUAUGCCAAGCUGAAGCCACCAGGAGAAAACUUUGAGAUCGUGACGAUUCCCCUUGAUGAUGAACCUUUAAAGAAGGGGUUUGCAAGCAUGCUCAUCAUUGGAACAGACGGGAAGGCUCUUCAUUUUAAUGUUGUUGAAGCCAUAGAGGAGCAUUGCAUCCUGUCAUAUUCUUUUACACGUGAGAAGUUUUUUGAAGUUGAGCAGAUAGAGAAAGCUAAGCGAGAAGCAGAGACACUGGAAUCGAUGGAGAUAUGCAUCCUUGAGUCGCCUUUCAAAGUUCGUGGCAUCCCUAUGUUGGUAGCUAUAGUGCCAUCAGGAAUGACUGUUACAACUGGAGCCAGAAAUUUGAUCAUGUGUUAUGAUGCUGAUGUUUAUCCAUUCACUGAGAAACAUAUAAACGAGAUUGAGGCAGAAUUUGCAGAAAAAGCAAAGGGAAGAGAAAGGAAAACAAAAUGGAUCCUGAGGAAGGCAAAGGCCAAAGAGGAACAGAAACCAAAAGAAGGAUGGGUUUGUGAUGGAAAACCCGUAGCCGCUACAACCUCUGCCCUUCAGGUGAGCACUCUGUGCGCACCGGAAUCAGAACUGAUGGCUAUGGCAAUUGAUCAAGAAAGUUUCCCUCAUGAUCUCGCGGUUGUACUGUCUUCAGAGGAAAGAGACUUUCUAAUAUGUAGAAAUGGUGAACAGAUUAGAACUAGCAGCAUAAAGGGAAAGAUUGUGGGCUUGUAUUUCUCCGGUUCGUGGUGUGGUUUAUGUCGCCAGUUUACACCGAAGUUGGUGGAAGCUUAUGAGGAUCUUUAUCCUAAAGGUGACUUUGAAAUGUUAUUCAUUUCAUCUGAUAAAGAUAAUGAACCAUUUAUUGAAUACUUUGGGAAAAUGCCAUGGCUUGCUGUUCCAUUUUCUGAUGUUGAGGCGCGUAAGAACUUAAAGCAGUUGUUCAAAGUAAGGGCAAUUCCACAUCUUGUGAUUCUUGAUGGAACAGGCAAUGUUCUGAGCAAUGAGGGCGUUAAAUUUAUCAAACACUUUGGUCCUGAAGCCUAUCCAUUUACAUCUGAAAGAGUAAAUUACUUGAGAGAAGACGAAGAGAAGGCUAAAGAGAAUCAGUCUUUGAGGUCUAUUUUGGUACAUGAAUCCCGCGAUUUUUUGAUUUCAAACGAAGAAAGCAAGAUUUCUGUGUCAGAGCUUGAAGGGAAAACAGUUGGCCUAUAUUUUGUUAUGGCUUCUCAUAAAGGGUGCAAGAAUUUCACCUUGAAGCUAGUAGAUGUAUAUAAAAAGCUUAAACAAAAGAAUUUUGAAAUUGUGCUUAUUUCUCUGGAUGAAAAAUAUGAGGAUUUUAAACAAGGCUUUGAGACCAUGCCAUGGUUGGCUUUAGCUUUCAAGGACAAGAACUGCGAGAGACUUGUUAGGUACUUUGAGCAUAAACUUCUACCGCAGCUAGUUGUAAUUAGUCCAGAUGGGAAGACUCUGCAGCAAAAUGCAGUUAAACUUGUUGAAGAAUAUGGUGAUCAAGCCUUUCCUUUCACACAAGAAAAGCUUGUUACUUUGGCUAAUCUAAAGAAGGAAAAACUAGAAGCACAAACAUUAGAGUCUAUUCUUGUUACUGCAGAUCGAGAUUUUGUCAUUUCGAAUGGUGGUUUAAGGGUCCUGUGUCUAAACUAGUGGGGAACAACAUUGUACUGUAUUUUGCAGCAAGUUGGAGUCUCCCAAGUAGAGAAUUUCUACCCAAACUCAUUACUACAUACCAAGAAAUCAAGAAGAAAGAUGAAAAUUUUGAAAUGAUUUUCAUCUCUAGUGAUCAAGAUGAAUCUUCCUUUAAUAACUUAUUUUCAAGUAUGCCCUGGUUAGCACUCCCUUUCGACGAUGACAGGAAGGCGUUUCUGUCGCGCAGAUUCAACAUAGUAGGCAUUCCGGUGGCCAUAGCAAUUAGUACUAGUGGCUGCACUGUCAAUACACAAGUAAGGCAGCUGUUAGAGACACAUGGUGCAGGAGCCUAUCCCUUCACAGAAGAACACAUAAAGAAUCUGCAGCAACGACUCGACAAAAAUACAAUGGGUUGGCCCAAGAAAGGCAAAGAUGAAAUUCACAAUGAGCAUGAACUUGCAUUAAUACAUCAGCAAGUUUAUCUUUGCAGUGGGUGCAAGGAGAUGGGGUAUGGGUGGUCUUUCUUCUGCAAACGUUGUGAUUAUGGGCUGCAUCCAAAAUGUGCUCCAAAACAAGAAGAAAUGAACUGAGAGCGAAUCUUUGAUGAAAAACACUCAAGCCUCUUUUAGUAAUAGAUCCACUUUAACUUUGUGACCUCUAAUUCAUCUUGUACAUCCGAUUUGUGUAAUUUUGUAUCAUUUUUAUGUCUGAGCUUCUAGUAUAUGUAACAAUCUAGAGCCUCUUGUCACGCUAGUGACUAUUUUUUGAGAUUA